AGGCUCCCCUUCUCUCCCCUCUCCACUCUGCUCUGUACAUCACACUUUGUGAACUACUUGAAGACAUAAAAUUUGCUGUAUUCUGUGAUUUUGCUACUUGCUUCAUAAUUCCUCUCCAUCUUUCCACCUGCGCGUUCAUUCCGAUAUCAUCAUGGCCGAGUCACAGAAGCGUUCCCGCGUCUACUUUGACAUUCAGAUUGGCAAUCAGAAGGCAGGCCGUGUCGCCUUUGAAUUGUUCAAUGACGUCGUGCCGAAGACCGCAGAGAAUUUCCGUGCUCUUUGCACAGGAGAGAAGGGUGUUGGCAAGCAGGGAAAGCCAUUGAGCUACAAAGGCUCGAUCUUCCACCGUGUCAUCAAGCAGUUCAUGAUCCAGGGUGGCGACUUCACCUCUUUCAACGGAACCGGCGGAGAGUCGAUCUAUGGCGAAAAGUUCCCCGACGAGAAUUUCGAGCUGAAGCAUGACCGUCCGUUCCUGCUCUCGAUGGCCAACUCCGGCCCCGGUACCAACGGCAGUCAGUUCUUCGUGACCACCGUUCCGACACCGCAUCUGGAUGGGAAGCACGUCGUAUUUGGCGAGGUCAUAAACGGCAAGAGCGUUGUGCGGAAGAUUGAGAAUAUGCCCACCCAGGCUGACAAGCCGAACACCGACGUGACUGUUGUGGAGUGUGGCGAGCUCACCGGAAAGGAAUAUGACGAGGCCGACAAGAAGGUGGCAGAUUCUACUGGUGAUCCGUUCGAAGAUUUUCCCGAGGAUCACCAGGGUGAGGAUCUCAGUGCUCCGCUGUGCUACAAGAUCGCCUCCGAGCUCAAGGCCUUUGGAAACAGCGCGUUCAAGAGCGGGAACCUCCCAUUGGGCCUGGAGAAGUACCAGAAGGGUCUGCGUUAUUUGAACGAGUUCACAGAGCCGGAUGAGAAGGACCCCAAGGAGUUGGAUGGCCAGAUGAAGGCUCUGCGCUUCACUCUCCACUCCAACUCCUCGUUGCUCGCCAACAAACUCGGCCAGUUCCAGAACGCUCGCACCUGGGCGACCUAUGCGCUGGAAGUCGCCAACGGAGCCAACGCCAAAGAUGCCGACCGGGCCAAGGCCCUCUACCGUCGUGCCGUUGCCUUCGAGAACCUGAAGGAGGAGGACGAGGCGCUCAAGGACCUCGGUGAGGCUUCCAAGCUUGCCCCUGCCGAUGCCGGCAUUAUCAACGAGAUUGCCAAGGUCAAGAAGGCCAUUAAGGACGGCGAAGCCAGGGAAAAGGCUGCUGCCCGCCGCUUCUUCUCCUAAAUUAGCAGUUUGACCGAUUCAGGCUGAGCAUACCAAAUCAUACUC